GAAGAAGAAGGCGAGUGAACGAAAGGCGCUGUCAGGCUGGUCUCCGGAAAGUGCCCCACUGACAAUAUUCUGGGCUUUGUAACAGCUCCACAAGAUUCAGUGGCAUUAUAACGAGCUGAGAUGCCGAAGAGAAUGCCAUCACACAGCGUUGACGGCAAAGCGUUCAUUUGGAAGAUGAUGGUUGCGGUCGGCCUAGCAUCGCUAGAGGCGCAUGCGCUGUCAACUCGGCCAGCGGGAAGCUCGAGCCCGCUGGACGAAGUGAUCAAAGGCAAAAUCCCGCUGUUCCGCCUGGACAACCACAACGGUGGCGUCAUGCCGGGUCAGUCUUCGAGCUACACGUGCUUCGCGGCCACGCGUUUGCCGAACAGCAUCAACUGGAAUGUAACCGGUGUCCAGGCCUUUGACAAGCAGCACUUCGAGAUCUACUACAGCCCGAUGGCCACCAUGGCCGCAGAAUCCAAGAACGUGUUCACCCGGUACAGCACGCUCACCAUCAAGAAGAUGGCGGCAAAUGUACUUGAGAUCAUGGUGCGCUGCGUCGUCGAGCAGCACGACUCGAAGAACCAUGUCACCGCCACGCGUGUCACACUGAGCACGCUGUCGAAGGUGUCCAAAGGCAGCGGUAGCCCCCUACACGUGACGUACGGGCAGCCCUGUCAGCGACGCACCUACAACUGCGUGCCCGAGCAUGCCAGCUGCGACAUGAGCCGCGCAGGGCCCAUCUGCCUCUGCGACAAUGGCUACAGAUACCUCGACCAGUCACGGACGUGCGUGGCACUCCGGGAGCACAAUUCACCUUGCAUGCUGGACCACCCCUGCGCCCUAGUGGUGGACAAGUGCGACGGCCGUUGCCACUGCCGCGCGUCCUUCCAGCAGGACGGCGCCGGCUGCCGUGUUAACGUGACGCUGAACAGUGGCUGCGACGAGUACCGUCUUUGCCCCGACGGAGCGCACUGCGUGAACAACGUUUGCGCUUGCAGGCCGGGGUAUGUCCCCUGGGGCUACGGCUGCUUGCGGAGGUUCCUGUCGGGUGACGGUAUGCGCAAGGUUCACUCGGUGAUCCGGUUCACCCUGACUGUCGUGUUCACCAUCGCCAUGCUGUUUCUCGGCGUCUGGCUCUACCACCACGCGCACAGCCCUUCGCUCAUGCGAGAGCGCUCGGUCGCCAACUGGGAGUACAUGCCCAAGAUGGACCAGACAUGACGCGGAUGCCUUGCUGAACGACGAGCACCCUUUGCUCCUUUUGUUUUUUUCUUACCCUUAUUUCAUGUUUCUUUUCCUACAACACAGAACGCGACUUGCCUUUUGGAAGACAAGUUUAAUCCAAUUUCCAUCCGA